GAGGCCCCCACCCUUCGUGUCCUCAUGCAUUUGCGUGGUGGUUAAAAACGAUACUGUGCAACAAUUAAUUCAGAUUAAAAGUGAAUUUAAACUUCCUCGGUCCAAGACUGGAUUUAUUCAAGUUAAGAGUCAGUCUCAACAGGAGACAGAAGCGAUGGAGGUCCAGCAGAUGGACGCAGGGCAGGACAACACACCCAAGUCUGCCCAAGUCCAGACAUCACAACCACAGGCCACGGGGAAACCUCAUGAGAUCAAAGAGAUGCUCUGUACCGACAGUAAGCAGGAUCACAGAGAAAGCAGCGAGUCUUUGACAGACACGGGUAUAACCAGUGAUGAUGCUUUACUGCUGCCGGAUCAUAUACCUACAAUUUCACACAAAAUAGAGAAAGAGAAACACGCUCUCCCCAAUGGCUCGCCCGCUAUAGUCAGUAAUGGAUCAACUGUUGUGUGCACAUCACCAUCAGAAAGAAGCAAAGCUCGUACCACAACGUCACCGAAAUGCAGCCGACACACAAAGUGCAAUGGACACAGACACCAGCAUAAAAAACACCCGCACAAAAAACACCCGCCAUCCACCUCCAAAAGUCAGCAGAGCUUUAAGGGAGACGCCUCUCAGAUUCAGAAAGUCGCUGGAGAUGAUUGUUGUGCCCACUGUAUCCUGGCGUGUCUGUUUUGUGAGCUGAUGUCGUGUUGUUCAGUGAUGGCUCAGUGUUUGGCGUGUGGUUUGGAGUGUGAUGCUCUCUGUUGCUGCGGUGAAGCGGCCACCGGUGGACUUGCGUGCUGUGCUGAAGAUAGCUGCUCUGCACUGCUGGAUUGUGGGAUACUGGAGGAUUGUUGUCAGUCGUCAGAUUGUCUGGAGAUCUGCGUGGAAUGCUGCUCCAUCUGUUUUCCUACCUGAAACGAAAACUAUGAACAAAAGCAAAUCAAGUGUGACUUUAAAAGCAUCGAGUUAUUAUCUUGUGUAUUGUAUUUAUUUAGUGUAAAGGAUGAGUUUGCUGCUUAGACCAAAAUCUGACUGUUCUUACAAACCUACUUAUAGGUGUGUGUACAUUUACAUUUGGAUGUUAAAGAGACAAGCACCUGUUGGUUAUUUUUCCCUAAAAGAGUAAAACCGCAGGCCUCUGUUGCACUUUUAAAUCAUUGCUCUGUUUGUUUGAGCAUCGGCAACAUCAGCUCUUUGUUUACUUAUUUUAGAAAUUCACUAUUUACAGUCUUAUUUGUCACCCAUGAUGAAUGUAUUUUCUGAUAAUGGAAAGGUUACAGAGAUAAAGCGAUGGAUAGCCUAAUGCAGAAUGCAACAGCUUUCAAUUUCUUUAGAAGAGUUUAAGUCAACAACAAAUGAGUUUACAUUUAGAUAUAUAGUUUUGAUGGUUUUCUUUCAAAAAAUCUGUCAAUUUCUUUCUGUUAAGGAAAUUUGUCUGUGAUAUAAAAACUUUUCUUGUAAAUUGUUCAAAGCGUAGACUGUAAUAAGUGAAAAGUUGGUUUAACUUCAAAAAAUGACUUUGGUUACAGGGCUGGUUUCCCAGACAGGGAUGAGCUUAAACCAGGACCAGGCUUUAGUUUAAUUGAGAAAUAUAACUAGUUUUAUCAAACAUGUCUAACUAAAAACAUUAUGUGUGCAUUUUGAGGCAAAACAAAGGGCACUGAGAUUAUGUCAGUGCAAGUUGUUUUCAAUUUGGACAGCUCUUAUUUAGUCUAAUCCCUGUCCGGGAAUACGCCCCUUAGUCUUAAGGCUAUUCCCAGACUAAAACACAUGUUUGAGAUGUCUCAACUAAAAAUAAAUUGCACAAUCAGAUCUUAAAAUAUGCCAGAGCCAUUGAAUUGUCUCAAGAUUUUCUAAGGCAUGUUAAUAAAAAAUGCUUAAAUGUUUUCAUUUAACUAACGCCUUGUCUGUGAAACCAUGCAAAAAAUUACUUUUUUCAACCUAAAUUUUGUUACUUUAAGUGAAAUAUUUAAGUUGUUACCAAUUGAAUUAAAUUUUUAUAGUUUAUUCACUUUUUCAUAUUUUUCACUUAAAUUUUGCACUGCAAAAAUGACUUUCUUACUAGUUUUCAGUAGAAAUAUCUAAAAAUUCUUAAAUCAAGAUGUAUUUUCUUGAUGAACAAAAUGACCUAAGAAAAUAAUACUAGUUUUUUGACAAAAAAUAUACAAUUUAAGUGAAUUUGUGCUUAAAACACUUGAAUUAAGUGUUUAAGAAAAAAGAAAAACUAAAUCUCACCCCAUUGGCAGAUAAUUUUGCUUGUUUUAAGGAAAAUUUCACUUAAAUUGUCUAUUAUUUUUCUUAAAACUAGACUUAUUUACUAGGGUCAUUUUGCUCAUCAAGAAAAAGCAUCUUCGUUUAAGAAUUUUUAGAUAUUUCUACUGAAAACAAGACACAAAAAAACUAAGUAGGAAAGUCAUUUUUUGCAGUGAGUGAGUAAAUGUAUGUUGACAAAACGUAAAUUUCUAAAUUGUUACCAAUUGAACUACAUUUUUUUAAGUAAAUCCAACUUUUUACAGUGUAUAUGUGACCCAGUCUGUGAAGUCAUUUUUUGUAAUUUACUGUUUUCUACAUAAACUCAUCCUGCGUAAUGUAAAGACCGAUCUGCACUGUAAAAAAGAAAUGCAGAAAGGAGUUAAAACAACUUGGUUUUACAAGUCAAUUCAAUCUACUAUUUUAAGUUUUGGCUUAAAAAAGUUGACAUAACUUAUAAAAUCAAGUUGAAAUUGUUUAACGUUUUUAAAAAUUUAAAUUUGCCAAAAAAGUGUAUUUUUUACAGUGAAAAUAUAAUCUUGAUAUCUUUAAUAUUGACUGAGUAAGGUAAUGUAAAAGAUUGAAAUAAAUGUGAAAUCAAACUUUGAUGCUCCAAAUCUCAUCAUUAGAUUAUAAAAAUUAAACCUAGAUUUCACAAACAGGGUCACAUAUGUGACAUUUGUGCAUGUAUGAAAAGUGCCGUGUUACUGCAUUCACAAUUUUAAAAUCUUUAUACUGCUUAGAAUGAAAUGAAUUCUGUAACAUUCUUUGCCUCCAUGGUGAAGUGUAAAAGUUUCAAAUGUGUUUUCAAUCAGUUUUAUAAUAUGUUGAGACUAUUUCAAAUCUUUAUGUUGUUUGUAUUCACUGCAGUCUUAUCUGAGCGCUGCAGGAAUUCUGCACGGAUGCAAAAAUAACCAUCCAGAACGCCUGCAUAUUCCUCUGGGCAUGUUGAAUUUCACAGUCUUUCUCCAGAUGACUUUGCCCGUGGCCUGAUCUGCUCUCUGCUGUUUAGAUAGCGGGCAUAGAGGAGGACGCUGAUGUUGAAUCUGGCAGAGAUCUGCAUGCGUGUCCAAUAAAAUCACAUUCUUCCUCCUCAUCCGUCUGUGAGGUCAUGACAUCAUCAACAUUAGUUUGAAAUACUCAUACAGUCCUGCAUCACUGAUGCAAGCAAUAGCCGUCAUUUCACCAACAAUAGACCCGAUAUAGUCCGGCUAUGAGUUACCCACUUCUAGCCAAAAUAAACUUGAAUUUGGUUUAAUGUGGGUUUUGCCAAAAUAACUUGAGAGAUGUCUGAUAUUUUGUCAUGUAAGCAAAGUCAACAUUGAUUACAAAGUGUUUGCGUUCAUUUAUGUAUUGUAUUUCAUUUACUUUUGAGCUCUGAUAAGACAUCUUUUAAAUG